AUGCCCUCUGACGACGACCAACCACAGCCAGAGGCCGGGCCCUCGCGCGUCGUCAACAUCAAUUAUGACCCAAAGUGGAUGGACAGAACAUUCAGCUCGCGCCGCAAAAUCGAGACCUUGCUUGGGCCCGAGUUGGGCACCAACAUUACGCGCAGAGACUACGAGCUGCUGAUGCACACGCUGCCAGGCCUGCAUUACACCGACUUCCUUGGUAUACCCAUCGGCGUGGGCGUCUGGCUCGCAGCGGGCAACCGGCGGACCAAAUUCGCGUGGAAAGCAGGUGCCUUUGUGGCGGGCGCCGCGAGCAUGGUGGCCGGCGAGGUGCUCCGGCUGUACACCCACACAAAAAUAUUCAAACGGAUCGAAAACAAACACGGGUUCAGCCGCGCGAUGGAUAACGUCAAGCUCAAGGUCGGGUUCUCGCCCGGACUCGUGUCGUUUACCGGGAAAUUCUCGGAGGACGAGGCGGAGCAGGCGUUUGCGGCGGACCCGGUUAAUCUCGAGCCAGACGCGCCAAUCGACUCGCCCCCACGCGCCAUUCCAUCUUUAUCUCCAUCCCCAUCUCCACAGCAGCCCGCUUACUCUCGGUGGGACGAAAUUCGCGCGAAUCGCAACAAAGAAGGCAACAAGGCUUGGGAAAACAUCCGCAAAGGCCGGCGUGCAGACGGCUCGUCGAUUCAAAACCAGUCCGAGUCCCCGCCAGAGACACCUUCUUCUUCCAACUCACAACCCGUUCUGACGCCAUUCCGAGACGAAGACCGGGCUGCAGCUCAGGCGGCAUUCGACGCAUUGGUAGACAGAGAGCGGAAUAUGCGGACGUGA